CUCUCUCUCGCUCUCUCGCUCUUGUUCCCUCCGUCUCUGCCCGUCGGACGUUGCAUCUCGCUCUUUCGCGAACACGAUUGCCGCGAUCACCUCCGUGAUAUCUGGAUAUGAUACAAUGCUCCUCCGUCCCGAGGUGCGAUAGCCUCCGUUAUCCGUGAAAUCGAGCCCAAUAGCCGCCGCCUCGCCCCUCCCCCUCCCCCUCACGUCUCCUCCCACCGAUCUUCUCGUUUCUUUCGCGAUCGCGAACCCGCUGGCCGCCGCCGCCGCCGCCACCUCCGCCUCCGCUUCCUCCCGCUUCCGCUCGCGUUGCGUGUCCGCGUUUGCGACGCUUGGUAUAAGUGAUUGUCGUACGACCGGACGACGCCGAGUGCUUCGACGCUUCGGCUACGCGAGCCUCUCUGCGGAGACAAACCAAUCGACUCCGCAAGUUGAAUAAUAAGUUGUGUCACAGUCCUUGAACUCUGCAAAAACAAAACAAUCAUGGAAUCAUCAGAUAAUAGAAAGAAUGUAUAUCUUACAAAAACUGGCGACAAUUCCUUGAACUCUGGAAUGAGAGAGACUAUGAUUGUCGGCCAGGCUAAUAUGGUACCAGAGUGUGGUGCAGAAGGUGUGAUGAAACCCAACAAUGUGUCCAAUGUUUCCACUAAUCAGACAAAGUGGACUAAUGGCGGCUCUAAAAAUUAUAUCACAAUACCGGUGAAGAACGAGGUCGUACAUCUUGAAGAUGGUAAUGCACAUUGCAACAACAAGAAAAUGUAUUAUUAUGAUAGACACUACUCUGGACAUGAGGAACCAGAGAGACCAACACGCAGAGGAACAAAGAGAUACAGAGACAAGGAUGCACCAAAACGAGCACUAUCUGCAUUUUUCUACUUCUGCCAAGAACUACGUGGCAAGAUGAGAGAAUUGCACCCUGAGAUGGGAGUAGGUGAUAUUGCAAAGGAAUUAGGAAAAUUGUGGAUGAGUACGGAUUUACAGACAAAAUCCAAAUAUAUGGCCAUUGCGGAGGAAGACAGAGCUCGAUACGAAAGAGAAAUCAUUGCAUAUAACAAGAGAGUUAAAAAUUAUGACCCGGAGGAAGUUGGAACCGUAUAA